ACAAGUUUUGCUUAAGCAACGCUAAACGUUCCCACGUCUUUCUCUUUCUUCUGGAAUUCUCUUUCUCUGACUCCAACAUUCACAUUUCCAAUACUUACUUUACAAAUUAUAGCACUUUUCUCAUAAGACAGAGUGAUAGAAUGGAGAGCAGAGAAGACUUGAACUCGAUACUACCGUAUUUGCCACUAGUGAUGCGGUCUUCGACUCUGUUCUGGCCGUCACAGGUGGUCGAAGCACUGAAAGCCAUGGCAAGAGGACCCCUUCACAGCCGUGUCGACUCCGGUGAGCUCCUAUUCCUCGCCAUUUCCGAUCUCAGACACUCUCUCUCCCUCUCCAACCACCACUUCGCUCCUUCUUUCCCACAAGGCUACGCCCUCUUCUUCGACGAGUUGAUGUCCCGGGAGGAAUCAAAAAAAUGGUUUGAAGAGGUUGUCCCAGCGUUGGCUGAUUUGCUCCUACGCUUUCCCUCUUUGUUACAAACUCACUAUCAAACUGCAGAUAUUGCUCAUAUCAAUGGGGUCAACACUGGUCUUCGUUUAUUGCGUUCGCAAGAACCGGGCAUUGUGUUUCUCAGCCAGGGGCAGCCCUCAUGCAAAAUACCCCAAAAGAAUUCUGAAUUUCCAAAUGGGCAUGAAUUUCUCUUUAAAGAAUUGAUUGGUGCUCUUCUUGGAUGCUCUUUGUUUUGUCUGUUCCCAGUCACUAAUAGAGGUGUUGAACAUCUUCCAACAAUCAACUUCGAUCAAUUGUUUGCGAGUCUAUAUGACAAUUACAAUGAAAAACAAGAAAAUAAGAUACGGUGCAUCAUACACUAUUUUGAAAGGACAUUUUCACAUAUGCCUAUUGGCUUCGUCUCAUUUGAACGGAAAGUACUUCCUUUGGAACAUCUUCCUCAAUGCAUUUCCUAUCUCAAGGCUGAAUUUUGGAGCAAUUCUGUCAUUCCUUUAUGCUGUUUUGAGGUCCAAAAUUCAGGCUUGAUAGAAGAUCAAUCCAGUGAAGCUCUUGAAGUGGAUUUUGCAAAUAAGUUUAUUGGAGGUGGUGCUCUACAUAGGGGUUGUGUACAGGAAGAAAUCCGUUUCAUGAUCAAUCCUGAAUUAAUUGCUGGUAUGCUUUUCUUGCCUUCCAUGGCAGAUAAUGAGGCCAUAGAAAUUAUUGGUGCUGAAAGGUUUUCAAGUUAUACUGGAUAUGCUUCCUCAUUCCAUUUUACUGGUGAUUAUGUGGAUAAAAAAGAUGUAGACUGUUUUGGAAGACGUAAAACCAGGAUCAUUGCUAUAGAUGCAUUAUGCAGUCCAAGGAUGAGACAGUACAAACAAGAGUGCCUCCUAAGGGAGAUAAACAAGGCAUUCUGUGGCUUUUUUGCUCCAUCUAAAUAUCAGCAAUACAAGAGACUGUUUCCAGAGAAUGGAUGUUCUAGAGCUCAGCUUGAUCAAAACAUAGAAGACCCCAUUGGCAGGUCCAGGAGUAAUCUUUUGUCACAUGAUAAUGCCUCAACUUCUGAUGAAACAACUGAAGAAAAAUCUGUAAAUCAAGUGAUCAGUAAUUAUGAGGAGAAGGGUUGUGAGAGUCUGGGCCAUGAAGAUAACAAUAUUGGGAUUGUGACUGGGAAUUGGGGCUGUGGUGCUUUUGGAGGAGAUCCGGAGCUUAAGACCAUAAUUCAGUGGCUUGCUGCUUCUCAGGCUCUAAGACCUUUCAUUUCAUACUAUACAUUUGGUUUGGAUGAAUUGCAGAACCUAGAUCAGGUGACUCGGUGGAUUUUGUCCCAAAAAUGGACUGUUGGAGACCUGUGGAAUAUGUUGGUGGAAUACUCGUACCAGAAAUAUAAGGGACAAACAGACGUUGGAUUCUUUACUUGGCUACUUCCAUCUCUAUUUGGCCAUGAUACUGAGAUGUUGGACUUGCCGAAUAUGCCUUAACACUUCUGGACCAUUGAAUUGCUUAUGCAUCCUUCACUUUUCCAUUUAGCAUGUUCUUUGACCUAUUUCUGUAAAAAAUAAAUAUUCUCUAAAAAAAAAAAAAAAAA